CCUAGGAAACACUGAGACGCACAGAGCCCCAGACUUGGUGCAAUGGACCCGACAUAUGGAGGCAGUGAAGAUGCAAUUGUUGGAGCAAGCACAGGAAAAGCUGGUGGAGCUGCUGGAUCGGGCCAUAUGGGAGGCCAUACAAUCCCACCCGCCACAAGACAGACCUCUGCCCUCCCCUUACCCAGCUCCCUUAAGCAAGACCCAGAAGCCAUCCUUUGGGAGACGGAAAGUUUUCGUCGUCCGCAAAUCCUUGCUUGAUGAGCUGAUGGAGGUGCAGCAUUUCCGUACCAUCUACCACAUGUUUAUCGCCGGCCUGUGUGUCUUCAUCAUUAGCACCCUGGCCAUYGACUUCAUUGAUGAGGGCAGGCUGGUGCUGGAGUUUGAUCUGCUGAUCUUCAGCUUCGGACAGCUGCCCCUGGCGCUGGUGACRUGGGUCCCCAUGUUCCUGGCCACUCUGCUGGCGCCCUACCAGGCCCUGCGACUGUGGGCCAGGCCCAGGACAGGGGGCGCCUGGAUGCUGAGGGCGGUCCUGGGCUGUGUGCUGCUGGCUGCCCACGCUGCGGUGCUCUGUGUGCUCCCAAUCCACGUGGCASUGAAGCAUGAGCUCCCGCCAGCCUCGCGUUGCAUCCUAGUCUUUGAGCAGGUCAGGCUCCUGAUGAAAAGUUACUCCUUCCUGAGAGAGGCUGUGCCUGGGACCCUUCGUGCCAGAGGACGUGAGGGCAUCUGGGCCCCCAGUUUCUCCAGCUACCUCUACUUCCUUUUCUGCCCCACACUCAUCUACCGGGAGACUUACCCCAGGACACCCAGCGUCAGGUGGAAUUACGUGGCCAAGAACUUUGCCCAGGCCCUGGGCUGUGUGCUCUAUGCCUGCUUCAUCCUGGGCCGCCUCUGUGUUCCUAUCUUUGCCAACAUGAGCCGGGAGCCCUUCAGCACUCGGGCCCUGCUGCUCUCUAUCAUGCAUGCCACUCUGCCAGGCAUCUUCAUGUUGCUGCUCAUCUUCUUCGCCUUCCUGCACUGCUGGCUCAAUGCUUUUGCAGAGAUGCUGCGGUUUGGAGACAGGAUGUUCUACAGGGACUGGUGGAACUCAACAUCCUUCUCCAACUACUACCGCACUUGGAACGUGGUGGUCCACGACUGGCUGUACAGCUACGUGUAUCAGGAUGGGCUGUGGCUCCUUGGUGGCCGGGGCCGAGGGGCAGCCAUGCUGGGCGUGUUCCUGGUCUCUGCAGUGGUGCAUGAGUACAUCUUCUGCUUUGUCCUGGGAUUCUUCUACCCCGUCAUGCUGAUGCUCUUCCUUGUCAUUGGGGGGCUACUGAACUUCACAAUGAAUGACAGGCACACGGGCCCCGCGUGGAAUGUGUUGAUGUGGACCUUACUCUUUCUGGGCCAGGGCAUCCAAGUCAGCCUGUACUGCCAGGAAUGGUAUGCACGACGGCACUGUCCCCUGCCCCAGACAACCUUCUGGGGGCUGCUAACACCUCGAUCUUGGUCCUGCCAUGCCUAGAGGUCAGGACUCUUGCUCCAUCCAGAUGACACCAUCAAGCUCUUCUGUACCUGCAAAGUCUGAGACUGAGGCUCUUCUCUACACUCUCAUACCUGGCUCUGAGUCAGGGGACUUGCAUGUAGGGUCUCACCGAGGAGUUGCAGGGACUUGGGUCUAUGGCCCUGCAGGCAGCCGAGCACAGAUUCUGCAUAGGGGGAGACUCUUCAAUACCCACUUCCAUGAAUUGGGCACAAGUUCCCCUCAUAACUGAUGGCUUGAUAGACUU